ACGGGGGUCGCCGCUAUUGUACUUACGUCGUUCCUGCGGUAGACAGGUAGAGACGGGCUUGUAAGAUGCCGGAACCAGCCAAAUCCGCUCCUGCUCCGAAGAAGGGCUCCAAGAAGGCCGUCACCAAGACGCAGAAGAAGGGUGACAAGAAACGUAGAAAGACUAGGAAGGAGAGCUACUCCAUCUACGUGUACAAGGUGCUGAAGCAGGUGCACCCCGACACGGGCAUCUCGUCCAAGGCCAUGGGCAUCAUGAACUCCUUCGUGAACGACAUCUUCGAGCGCAUCGCCGGCGAGGCCUCGCGCCUGGCGCACUACAACAAGCGCUCCACCAUCACCUCGCGGGAGAUCCAGACGGCCGUGCGGCUCCUGCUGCCCGGCGAGCUGGCCAAGCACGCCGUCUCCGAGGGCACCAAGGCCGUCACCAAGUACACCAGCUCCAAGUAAAUCUCGGUUCGAAAGAUCGUCUAAUCCAAAGGCUCUUUUAAGAGCCACCCACGCAUUCAGUAAAAGAGUCGUUCACACUGGUUCGGUUCGGUGAGUGGUACUUGUGUUUAGCGCUGUCUUACUUCCCAGGCUAGGACAGCAUUUAAUUUUAGGGAAAACGUUUUUCAUGUUAAAGGUACCGGGAAUGGUUUGCGUGGUCUCGUAUAUGCCCUACUGUUAACUCGCGCAGGUCUAUAAAAACACCUAAUCAAGUUUUAAAGCUAUUAAAGCUUUCCUUCCUCAUUUUAGAGUAAUUGGCUCCAGUGUUUCUGUAAGUGCCGAGAUUAUGGGUGGUAGGAUUUAGGGGGUUUCGUUUGUUUUUUGUUUCCCCCCUCCCAUUCCGAUAUAAAAUAAAGCAUUUAUUGUUUUACAAUACCGGCCUUACUCCAAUGCAGAUUAUCCCUUUUCUACCAAAACGUCGUCUUUCCCUUUAAAUAUUAGCUG